AUGAUGCAAAGCAGCAUAUACAACAAGCACUGCAAUCAGACCAAGGACGACAAAAAUGAUAAGGAGGGCGAAUUCGUAGAUACACAGGUCAAGUCCCAAGGUAAACGAUACAUGAAUAGACGCAAAGAGAAAGAGGCAGAUAGAGAUGAAGGCGGAAUGAAGGAUAUGAUAAGGGCAAGGGAACGACAACACAAUGAAAAGAGAUCGGAUGGGUAUAUAGGUCUCAAACGUGGGAUAGGGAAAGAAGCAAAAUGUCCAAACGCCGCUUCCGGAGCGCACAUUCAACAAAGGAAAGCCAUGUCUGGGUACAUAGGUUGGUACUGCCAGGCUGGUGGUCGAGCUGAGCCGCCGAAUGCUGCUAUGUAG